CCGUUGCGCCCAUCUCUGAAGCGGAAGCGUGUGACGUCUGCGCCCGUAACCUGUACAAUGUCGGCACGCACCACCAGUCCCAAGCGUCCGAGGCGCGAUACUGAUACCGAAGUCCUGCCUACCCACAGCGUAUCUGCGGCCGGCGCGGCUUUAAAUACGAGCGCGCUCAUGCUCAAUGAGAGGAAUACCUUCAGUCCGCCUAGCAGCCAAGCCGGCACCAGAAGCCCUUGUUGA